UUUCUCGCGUGACUACGGUGUCUGACGUGAGGCAGUGAAUGAGGUGAGGGCGUGGGGUGCGCGAGAGCGGCAUGAAGGAGUUUGAGUGAACAUGUGACAGCUCGUGGAGGUGUCGUGAACGCGUUACUUUUGUGGGCGGUGUCUUGUACUGUGGGUGUCCCAAUGAGUGGAUCAUGUGGAUCACACAUUUGGGGUGAUCCAUAGUAUGGCUGCUUCGCGAUCGACUCGUGUCACAAGAUCUACAGUAGGAUUAAAUGGCUUGGAUGAAACCUUUUGUGGGCGAACUUUAAGAAAUCGUAGCAUUGCUCAUCCAGAAGAAGUUUUUCCCCAGUCACUACUGAGAUCAAGGUCGCCAAAGAAAAGACCAGAACCAAUACAAAUUCAAAAGGGGAACAUUUCAAAGAACAGUGAGUUAAAGCAAACAGGACAACGUGAAUCGUGGGUAAGCCCAAGAAAAAGAGGGCUGUCUGUUUCAGAAAAGGACAGUUCUGAGAAAGACAGUGAAGAAAACAGUGAGAUAAGUUUGACUGAACAAUUGUCACCUGUUCUAAAGAAAAUCAAAUUAUUGCAUUCACAGGAUUCAGUUGGUUUAGACGAAGAAAUACCAAGUCAAUUUCCCAACGAUUCAACGGAAAGCAGAAACUCUGGUUCCGACAAUGAAACAGAUACUACCCCAACUAAACGAUCUAAUCGAUGUCUUUUAUUGGAUGAUAGUGACAAAAGGGAAGUCAAAAAAGAAACUGAGCCAGAGGAACUUUCCAAUUCAGUAACGGAAAACAUUUUUAACCAUCAAACAGUUAAUGGUGUUGAUGGGAAAGACACUGCUGCUUUAACGUGCAAUGACUGCCCUUCUGAUGGGAGCAUAAAACAGAACAAUAAUAUUGUGUUGGAUCCAUCAAAGGAGCUAACAGACUGUGAAAAUGGGAGUACAUUAGACCCUUGUUCAGUGGUAACCAACAACAAAAAGGACACGCUUUCAGACCACAAUGUGCCUUGCACAAACUCAGAGGAGCAGGGAGAAUCACAGGACCAUAAACUAAUAAAUAAUUGCCUGCCUAGUGAACUUGUUAAUCAGGCCAGCGAACUAGUAACAGGCUCUUGUAUAGACACACUAUCAACUGUAAGGGAUUCCGAAGAGGAAGUUGAUGUUGUAGGAGAGAGUGCCUCAAAGGAGCAUAUUGUUGAGAAUUCAGACAGCUUACUUAGAAGUGAUCAUGAAGAUUCAACAACAGGGGAGCCUGAAUCGGGGCAAUCCCUUAAUGAACUUGACAGUGUUUGCUCUGAAGUGGCGUGCUUUUCAGACACGCAAGAACAUCGGUAUACUUUAAGGACAUCUCCAAGAAGGCCAGGGUCUUGCAAAGAUAGCCCAUGCAAAAGUGAAUCUUUAGUUGUGGGACAGGAACACGUGGAAGAGAAUAUUUCCAAUCAAAAUAGUGAAACAAAUGUUAAUGGCUGUUUGGAACUUGAUGAGGUGGUUAAAGAUGACAAAAAGCUGGUCUGUAAAUCUGAAAAAUGCUCCAUAGAUGAACAAACCAGGCCAUCCUCAGACAUAGCCACAGUUACUGAGUACAUGCCAGCUGUCAAGGAAGGUGGCAGUGUGCAGGUUGUAGAGGAGGAGGAAGAUCCUGAUGUCUACUACUUUGAAUCUGAUCAUGUGGCACUGAAACACAGCAAAGAUUAUCAGAGACUAUUACAGACGAUCUCUGUUCUCGAGGCUCAGCGCUCUCAAGCUGUUCAAGACUUGGAAAGUUUAGGCAGACGACAGAGAGAAGCGUUGGUUGAUCCCAUUGGAUUUGUGGAAAAGCUUCAGAAGAAGAUGGAUAUUGGGAUACCUCACCCACAGAGGAUUGUUCAGGUGCCAGACAUUACAUGGGACCAGUACACUACCAGUCUUGGAAAUUUUGAAAGAGAAUUGAGAAACCGAAAGCGAAAUUCUCGGAGAGUAAGAUUGAUCUUUGAUAAAGCAGGGUUAACUGCGAGCCCCCAAAAGUCUGUGGAAAAUAUGAAGGAUGGUGAAUCGGCUUCAUAUUCUGUUCUACCCCAAAGUGAUGGUCAAGAAGGAUCUACAAGUAGUCAUUCACAGAUAAAAGGUAGACUGUGCGCCGAGACCAAGACUGGAACUUUUAAUCUGCUUUGGACCGUGGAGGAACAGAAAAAACUGGAGAUGCUACUUUUGAAGUUUCCCCCAGAAGAGGUUGAGUCCCGUAGAUGGCAAAAGAUAGCUGAUGAGCUAGGAAACAGAACAGCAAAGCAGGUGGCUAGUCGUGUUCAGAAGUACUUUAUAAAGCUCACAAAAGCUGGUAUUCCUGUGCCAGGAAGAACACCAAAUUUAUACAUGUAUUCUAAAAAGUCUUUAGGCAAACGACACCAUAUUCUCAACAAGCAUCUCUUCCGACCAUCUACCUUCAUGACAUCCCACGAACCACCUGUCUUCAUGGAUGAGGACGACGACCGCUCCAGUUUUACUAGCAGGGAUCUUGAUGCAGCUGGUGAUGACGAAAUAUCGGAUGAAGAAACUAUUCCCCUUGCUUGCCAUGACCUAGCAGAGUAUAAAGAACUGCUUGAAUUGAAGAAGUUAAAGAAACAGAAGCUUCUGGAAAUGAAAGCAGAAAGUGGCUUUGUACAACAUAUAGGUUUCAAAUGUGACAACUGUGAAACAGAGCCCAUUCAGGGCAUUCGGUGGCACUGUCAAGAUUGUCCCCAGCGGAUGUCUGUGGAUUUCUGUGACUCUUGCUCAGAUUGUUUAUAUGAAACAGAAACACACAAAGAGAAUCAUCAUUUGGAGCCCAUUUAUAGAGCAGAGACAUUCCUAGACAGAGACUACUGCAUGCCCCACAGCACCAGUUACAAUUACCUUGAUCCAAACUAUUUCCCAGCAAACAGAUGACGUGACUGGGCAAACAAAAUGUGCUUGGUAUUUUCUCCAGAAACAAAGGGUGGCAGAGUUGUCAAUAUCAGUUUUCAAUGUGGGAUAAUACUCAACGUCCCUUGAAAUAUUGCUCACAGCAUGAUACCUUCAUCAUCUGCAACACUGCACCGCAGCCCGACAUUCCAAAUGUACAGGAAGAGGACUUUGCUGGAAAUGUUCCUUUCACCGUAUUAAGUUAUUUCAGAUGGUCAGUGUCAAGAAUGAUCAUAACGAAAUCAUAGAGCAUGAAUACACUGUUCCAAAGGCUUCUGGAAAAAUUGGUUUAUAAUGUGAACUAUUUAUAUUAAAACCAGUUUACUAGCUUGCAGUUUGGUUGUGAAAUAUUUUUUUUGCACAGAAAACUGACAUUUUGAGAAGGUUUUAACCAGUCAGUGUUUGCUUAAAGGAAAUAGUCUCUCAACAACACAAAUGACCCUUACUAUGGACCAUUGCAGGUCUCCGCUUCAGUAUGAGCUGCUUUUAAUCACAUUUGACUAAAACUAUUUAUGUACAAUGAAGCACUACAGUGGAGGUUCUGCUGCUUCUGUAGCCCGCUCAUGGUGUGUGAAUGUCAAAAUAGUCACUCGGAUCUAUUUUUUAAAUGUAAUGUUCCAAUGAUCAUGUGACGUGUACAAAAAUUGGUGGAAAACAAGUGCCAGUUGUAGUUACUGUGUAAAGUCUAACACUCAAUCUUCCUUUAUAAAUCCUUUCUAAUAUACAAUACACAGCCUUCUGCCUCUCUCCGUUUGGGGUUUCUCACAGCAACUCAUCAAAGAAAACUGCCUAAUAUAAAAGCGUAUAUGUAAGGUUAAUUCCAUAUUUUGUAGUCUGCACAAAAUCCAUGAAAGAUUGUAUUUUUAUUAAUAUUUAAGAUGGUUACAUAGAAUUUAAGUGGGUGAGCUAAGUGGUUCAUCUGCUUUCUUUUAUACUGCUGGAUUUUUGUUCUGCAUAAUUUUACUUUUUUCACAGUCACAAUUUACAGUACAUCGUUGUUCCUAACCUCUGCAUAAAAAAAAACUUUAAACAUCCCUUUGUACGUUAUUUUCCCCAUGUAUGUGUAUACAGUAUGUUAAUACGUUGUCAGGAGAACGGUGAGAAAUAAAACUGUUUGGGUACCAUUCGUUUAAACAUCAAAACUCUAUAGCCCUUUUGGUGUUAAUGUAAAGCUUUGAUUAGUAGUGGGUACGGAUUUAAAGCAUUUCACCAAGGUUUGAGACAUUUGUUUUCGAUAUCCAUUCUGGUUAUCACCUGUUACCCAAUAAAUAAGCAUUCAUAACAAA